AACUUCGGCUUUUGCGCUCCGGAAGCGGAAGUGGAGUAGUGAGGGAUCCCUGUGUGUUUGCUUACCUUGGAGAGCCGUUUUGGGUGCUGCUGUGUCAACGACCGAGGCCCCUUCAGGGCGUCCCGCGGAAGGAUCUUAAAAAUUGUACAGAAUUUCAAGAUGAGCGGUAAUUCUGAAGUGAAUCCAAAUUUUGAAGAGAUGUUUGCAAACAGAUUCACAAAAGACGACAAAGAAUACCAGGAAUACUUGAAACGUCCCCCUGACGCCCCUCCAAUUGUUGAGGAGUGGAAUAGCAGAGGUGGUGGUAACCAGAGAAAUAGAGGCAACUGGCUGCAAGAUAAUAGACAGUUUAGAGGUCGGGAUAACAGACGAGGAUGGCCAAGUGACAAUCGAUCAAACCAGUGGCGUGGACGGCCAUGGGGUAACAAUUACCCACAGCAGAGACAAGAGCCUUACUACCAACCACAGUACGGACAAUAUGGCCCCAACCUGCGGCCUCCAUAUAGUCAAUACUGACAGAAACGAAGCGGCCUUAACAAAAGACCAUUUGUUUUGAUAAUGUGCUAAAUGUUCGUUUGUCUUCUCUUGAUCAUAGUUUUUCUUUCUGUUUUACAGAAUGGGUUGUUAAUUGUUUAGAACUUGAGGCUUGAAAAUAAAUUGGUCUUGCUAGAGGUGUGACACUUGACGGGAAUAAAGUGUGGAUUAUAUUGUUUGGCUUUAUCUUAAAUACUGUUUGUUUAAUGAUUUAAUAGUGUUUUGAGUUUGGUAUGUUUUCCUUAUUUGGCCUCUAGGAGUUCUAUCUUUAACAGAAAAAUUUUAAAUAGGAAAUGCUGACUUUUACUUUAUAGAAGAGUUCCAUGCUCAGAUGUACUCACCUUGGACAUUUCCUAGAGUGAGGACAGUCAGUCUGUGAAAAACACCCGUAAUUAUUUAUCGUGUAUUGUACACAGUAGCAGCAAUUGAGAGGUAAAUAAAUGUGGUUUAUAAAUGUGAAUCCGCUCUAGAACCAGUUUGAUCUCUGUGUGGAAGAAGGACUCUUUCAGCUCAUCCUCCUGAGCUGCUGGGGUUGCAGCACUGAAUAUUUUGUGUGCUCCAAGAUUUUUGCAAACUUGCAACAGGGAAGAAACGGAUGUUCUCUAAAACACAAUACUCAUGUAAAUAUUGCUGCGUUUUGACUAUUUUGGUAUUUCACGUGUGUUGUAGAAUAUUAUUUUAAGCUGUUACAUUUGUUUAAUGGUACAAAGAUGUGUUGUAUUCCGUUAUGUUUCAUUUGUUGAACUCUGAAGCUGUGCUGCCUUGACUGUCUAAAACACCUGAUUGGUCUAAUAAAGAGCUGAACAGCCAAUAGCAAGGCAGGAGAAAGGAUAGGCGGGGCUGGCAGGCAGAGAGAAUAAAGAGAAAGAUAUCUGGGAGAGAUCAGUCGAGGAAAGAAGGGGCCAGCCACAGAGUAAUAGUGAAAGUAAGGUAUACAGAAGUAAGAAAAGGAAAAAACCCAGAGGCAAAAGGUAGGUGGGAUAAUUUUAAGUUAAAAGCUGGCAAGAAACAAGCCAAGCUAAGACUGGGAAUUUGUAGUAAUAAGACUCCGUGUGGAUUUACUUGGGAGCUAGGGGGCGGGCACUCUAAAAGAACAAAGAGUAAAAGAGCAAAAAGAGGGAGAAAAAUAAAACUAUUGACUCUAUAAGGCUAUUUUCAUUUUGAAAUGCUUCCCUUCGAUGCUUUACAGCCACAGUGAGACUGUCACUUCUUUCAGAACAAUCAUUCUUGAAAUACUUUAUGAUUACAAUAGAUUUAUUCAAGUCAUUUUUUUUUCAAGACGGUUUCUCUGUGUAGCUUUGGAGCCUGUUCUGGAACUUACUCUGUAGCUCAGGCUGGCCUCAAAAUCACAAAGGUCCGCCUGCCCUUUUCCCGAGUGCAGGGAUUAAAGGUGUGAGCUACCACUGUCCAGCUCAAGUAAAAAUUUUAAGGACUAAUUCAGUAUAUCAUAUGUGUACAAAUAUGUGAAGGAAUUAAUAAAUUGCAUAAGAUGUACGCAA